AUGGGGGUCGUCGUGCAGGCGGGCCCCUGCUGGUGGUGGUGUGGUGGUGGGGGUCAUCGUGCAGGCGGGCGGACCACGGCAGGAAUCCUGCUGGGGAUAUACUCAGUACGGGGUGGAGGCCUUCGUCGGAUCGGAGACUCUCAUAGUGCGUGGAUGUUCAAGGCGUUGAACACAUCACAAGAGGUUGAACACAGUGGAGGCCACCCAACACAGGAGGCUGAACACAGUGGAGGCCACCCAACACAGGAGGCUGAACACAGUGGAGGCCACUCAACACAGGAGGCUGAACACAGUGGAGGCCACUCAACACAGGAGGCUGAACACAGUGGAGGCCACCCAACACAGGAGGCUGAACACAGUGGAGGCCACCCAACACAGGAGGCUGAACACAGUGGAGGCCACCCAACACAGGAGGCUGAACACAGUGGAGGCCACUCAACACAGGAGGCUGAACACAGUGGAGGCCACUCAACACAGGAGGGUGAACACAGUGGAGGCCACCCAACACAGGAGGCUGAACACAGUGGAGGCCACCCAACACAGGAGGUUGAACACAGUGGAGGCCACCCAACACAGGAGGCUGAACACAGUGGAGGCCACCCAACACAGGAGGUUGAACACAGUGGAGGCCACCCAACACAGGAGGCCGAGGAGUCGCUCCACUAG